AGCUCCGCUCAUGGCAUGGAAGCUGAAGCAGCACUACAGAUAUGGGAGCGCACUUUGCUGUAUGAGACUCCACUUCGCUUCGCAACAUUUCUUAGUGAUGGCGACAGCAAAGCAUAUAGCAGAGUUUGUGAUGCCAAGGUGUACGGUGCAGGUGCCAUCUGCAAGGAGGACUGCACUAAUCAUGUUGCGAAGCGCCUAGGCACUGGCAUACGCAAAUUGCCGACACCACUGCCCAGAGGUGAGAAGCUCAAGCCUGCCACCAUUGAAAAGCUGCAGACAUAUUAUCAGAUCGCCAUCACGGGCAAUAGAGGCAACCUACGGGACAUGUACACUGCCAUAUGGGCGUCCUACUUUCAUUCUUGCUCCACUGAUGGUGCUGGCAGCCACAACUUCUGCCCACCAGGCCAAGAAUCGUGGUGCAAGCACAAGCGUGCUGAAGCAAUGGGCGAGCCUGCACCACAGCAUACACCGCUUCUGACAAAGGCACAGGGCCGGGCACUGCUGCCCAUAUACAAGCGCCUUUCUGACGAGAAGCUGCUGGCCCGAUGCCUUCGAGGAAAAACUCAGAACGCUGCUGAGUCUCUCAACAGCAAGGUGUGGCUGCUGUGCCCUAAAACAAAGUUUGCUUCCCGAAGUGCUGUGGAGACUGCCACAGCCAUUGCUGUGCUCUGGUAUAACCGGGGCCAUGCAAGCUUCGAGGUGGUCCUGGAGGAGCUUGGUGUUCUACCACCAGCAAGCUUGACCACCCUGGGGGACUACAGCGACAAGAGGCGCAUUCAGAAGAUGAAUGCCCAACAGACUGCUGAGGCGAGGGCUCACCGCCGCACAUCGGCCAAGAGAGCUCGCCUACAGGACUCCGCUCGGAAGGACCGCGAAGGAGUUGCAUACAGUGCGGGUGAAUUCUAG